AUGGCAAAUAAAAGAAAAAUUUGUGAAAAUUACAGUGAUAUUGAAAGUAGUAACGAUGAAUUAGAAUUUGAAGUUUAUAGUGAACGUAACAAUAAUAAUAUAGACGCUUAUAGCCGUGAUAACGCAGACAAUAUUGAACUAAACUAUGAAUCCGAUUCUAAUGAUAGUGAUAUAUUUCCUGUUAUACGACGAAACAUACCGAGAAUUGAAAGUGAUAGUGGAGAAAAUGAGGAAGACAUAGCAGAUUCAACUGAAAAUGACGAAUGGAUAGAUGUUUCGGAAGUGGAUAAUAUUCCAUCUCCUAUGGAUUUCGAUAUUUCACCCCGAAUUGCCGGACCACAAAUUUCCAACAAUAUAAAAGAACCAUUAGAUUUUUUUCGAUUAUACUUUACGGAUACAUUGAUUGAUUCCAUAAUAAAAGAGACAAAUGAUUAUGCAAAUUCAAAACUGCGAGGAAAAUUUCAACAAAUAUUCUGGAUGCUUCAUUUACAGAAAAAUGCACCAGUAGGCAGAAAUACCUGUAUAAGGACCCGCAUUCAAAAGGCUAAUAGCUUUUUACAAUACAUCAACUCAAAAAUUUCCGAACAUUGUAUAUCUUAUAAGUCGAUUUGCAUUGAUGAAUCCAUUAUAAAAUUCAUGGGGAAAAUAUGUUUUAUGACAUAUAACCCAGCUAAACCCACUAAAUGGGGAAUCAGAAUUUACGUUCUGGCCGACUCAAAUACCGGUUAUGUUUAUUCGGUUCUGCCUUAUUACGGCAGUAUUACUUCUGAAAAUCAGAUAAGACCUAAUCUGCCUGUCAGUUCCAGAAUUCCCUUAGACCUGUAUAGAAAACUAUUGGACAAUGUUCCUCAUGCUAAAGGUUAUCACAUGUAUACCGACAGGUAUUAUACAAGCAUACCCCUUGCUGAAGAACUGCUAAAGAUGAAUUGUUUCCAUACCGGCACAAUAAAAACAAAUAGGAAAUAUUUACCAAUGGUAAUAAAAAAAGCGAGAUUUGUAAGGGGCAGGAAAACAGUGGCCCGCAGAAAAGGCAAAACCCUAGUCCUCGCAUGGAAGGACAAAAGGAUUGUAACUUUGUUAAGUACCUGUAAUGAAGCGGGUUUGAUAUCGGUUGAUAGAAGAGUACGCGGUGGUGAAUUAGUCAGCAUACAAAAAUCUAAAAUUGUUAUUGAUUAUACAAAGAAUAUGCGUGGAGUAGAUCGGGCUGACCAAUAUGCUGCAACAUAUUGUUUUUUGAGAAAAUCCCUGAAAUAGUGGAGAAAACUAUUUUUCUGAGGGAUGGAAAUGUGUAUAGUAAACUCAUACAUAUUGUACACUCUGUUAAAAAAAAUAAAUAAUGAAAAACCAAUGUCACAUUUGAAGUUUGUAAAAUUGUUGGUGGACCAAUUGGUUGGGAAUUUUCGACAAAACAGCACAUCUCGAGACUCCAUUUACACACCAAAUACGGAGGGCAGGCUCAACAACCACCUACACAUCAUACGUUCUGGAACCAAGGAAGAUUGUGUAGUGUGUUCUAAUAGAAAAAUUCCGGGCGAAAGACGGCAGACACAUUAUUUUUGUGAUACCUGUAUAGAAAAGCCAAGAUUACAUAUUGGCGAUUGCUUCGAGAGGUAUCACACCUUGGACGAUUACAAAAUGUAA